CAUAAGGAGGUCGGAGGGGAGGCACGAGACCUGACUCGUCUCUCACUUUCUCUCGUUAGUUAACAUCUACUUGCCUCAGGAGUGUUGCUCAUCAGGGCUGAACAACACGUCUGUAAACAUUUGUAGUACACCGUCAUCUGUCCUGCGGGGAUUCUUCUGCGGUGAUAUAAACCUGUGCGCUCCUGUCCCACGGUAUGAUCUUCCAUUGAUGGGAAUAAUCAGAAACCUGGCCGCUAGUUUGACUGUAAUUCGUCAGAGUUCAAUCAGAAAUCAUCAUCAGAUAAUCAUGGCAGGACGACUUCAUGCGCGCAGGACAGACGGGGUCGAUAAAAACGUUUGGGUUGAAUUCACACAACUGGCAGCAGACUACAAACCAGUGAACCUCGGACAGGGAUUUCCUGACUUCUCCCCUCCUCCGUUUAUCCAGGAGGCUUUUUGUAAAGCUGUGAGUGGAGGACCCACAAUGCACCAGUAUACCCGAGCUUUUGGCCACCCGCUUCUUGUAAAAAAUCUGGCUAAAUUCUUCAGUAGGAUUGUGGGACAUGAGAUCGAUCCUCUUGACGACAUCCUGGUCACAGUUGGAGCUUAUCAGGCUCUCUUCUGCACAUUUCAGGCUCUGGUUGAUGAAGGUGAUGAGGUCAUAAUUGUCGAGCCGUUCUUUGACUGUUACCAGCCGAUGGUGACGAUGGCUGGAGGAAAGGCAGUGUAUGUGCCUCUGAGGCCGAAAGUCGGUGGCACCAUCCUGUCAAGUGGAGACUGGGUUCUCUCUGCUGAGGAGCUGGCCAGUAAAAUCACUCCACGCACAAAAGCCAUUGUUAUCAACACUCCCAACAACCCAUUAGGAAAGGUUUACAAGACGGAAGAGCUGCAAAUGAUCGCUGAUCUGUGCAUCAAACACGACAUGCUGUGCAUCAGUGACGAGGUGUACGAGUGGCUGACUUACGACGGAGCCAAGCAUGUAAAGAUAGCCAGUCUUCCAGGCAUGUGGGAGCGAACCAUCACUGUUGGCAGCGCUGGAAAGACCUUUAGUGCUACUGGCUGGAAGGUUGGCUGGGCGAUCAGCUCCGGACAUAUCAUCAAACACAUGAAAACCAUCCAUCAGAACAGCGUUUACCACUGUGCAACAGCUGCUCAGGAGGCAGUGGCUCACGGCUUUGAGAGAGAGUACCAGAUGUUUGGGAGUCCAGACAGCUACUUCCAGCAGCUGCCUGCGAUGCUGCACCACAAGAGGAAGAAGCUGGCCUCGUGUCUGGAGAGUGUGGGUUUGCAGCCCAUCAUGCCAGAGGGAGGUUAUUUCCUGAUCGCUGACAUCUCCUCUGUCAAGCUGGAUCUGAAUGACCCGAGCACUAAGGAUGAACCCUAUGAUUUCAGAUUCGUUAAAUGGCUAAUUAAAGAGAAGGGUUUAGCAACGAUCCCCGUCUCUGCAUUCUACAGUCCAGAGCACAGCAAGGAGUUUGACAAAUACAUCCGGUUCUGUUUCGUCAAGGAGGACUCCACGCUGGACGCAGCAGAGGACAUCUUGAGAAAGUGGAGUCCCGGGCAGUAAAGCCGUCCAUGAUGUGAAGGGCUACUCGUCCAUCCAAAUUUCACCAAGCUAUUCAAGCUGGCCUAGUCUGCUUCCUUAGUUAAAUAUUCAGCCAUAUUCGGUGUUUCUGAGUGUGUGUACUGUAAAGUACACAAACACAUCAUCCACUUUCUGUCCUAAUUCUACAAUCGUGAAAACUCCUUGUUAAUGAUCCCGUGCAAUGAUUGUAUGCUGAAGAUUGUAAAGUAAAUAUUUUCCGUAUUAUAACUAUAAUUUUUCAGUUAUUUUAAUGGAAAGUUGAAGUGAUUUAUUUUUAAGUUAAAUGAUGUUCUUCUGCCUGUGUGACACAUUUUACCUGCUGAGAUAUUUGUCCUGAAUCAAACUGAGCAAAAAGUUUUAAUAAAGAGUCCACAUGUUCUGUUA